GGCAUAUAUAUAUACACAUUAAAAGUGAUUUUAAGUAGGCGUCCAAUACCUUAAGAUACCUAUACAAGUAGCUCAUCGGGUGUGUAAAUUAGGAGGUAGGUACCUAAGGCAGAUGACCGCCGAGCUCAACUCAAGUGAAGUAAAUUCUUAUGUUGCGUGCCGUCCUGGGAUAUAUAUGUGUGUGCCCACCGGGCCAACAACCUACAUCGCUCUCAGUCUUUCCCACGCUUCCGUUGCCUUGACAUGCAAGAUAACCACCAAUAGGACCCUGCAUAUAGCUAGAUAUGUAAUUGAAGAAAAAAAAACACCAAUCACCCGUGCCUACCUCAGGUUGACAUCCUCCCCUUCCUUCAAAGUUACUGGAAAACUUAGUGAAUGAAAACGAAGAGAGAGAAAAAAACCCUCACAUACAUACACGUCCACGAAGAGAAUCAGCCAUGGGGUCGCAAAGUGAGCCCAAUGGCCCAACGACACGCAAACCCGUUCUAUUCUUCGACAUAGACAACUGUCUUUACCCGAGAAGUGCCAAAGUCUACGACCUGAUGGCGGACAUGAUAGACAAGUACUUCGCGGCGCACCUCGGGCUGCCGGAGCACGAGGCCGUCAAGCUGCACCGGGACUACUACCGGAACUACGGCCUCGCGAUCGAGGGGCUGGUGCGGCACCACCAGAUCGACCCCCUGGAGUACAACGCCAAGGUCGACGACGCCCUGCCCCUCGAGGGCAUCAUCAAGCCCGACCCGCGGCUCCGGCGCCUGCUCGAGGACGUCGACACCGCCAAGGUGAAGCUGUGGCUCUUCACCAACGCCUACGUCACCCACGGCCGCAGGGUCGUCAAGCUCCUCGGCAUCGACGACCUCUUCGACGGCCUGACCUACUGCGACUACGCCCAGACGCCCAUCAUCUGCAAGCCGCACAGGGACAUGUUCGCCAAGGCGAUGCGCGAGGCCGGCGUCGAGCGAGCCGAGGACUGCUACUUUGUCGACGAUUCGUACGCCAACGUGGCCGGCGCGCAGCAGCUCGGCUGGACCGCGGUUCACCUCGUCGAGGAGGGCCUGCCGAUCCCGGAAACCCAAGCGUCGCAGUAUCAGAUCAGGCAUCUGGAGCAGUUACGGGAGAUAUUUCCGCAAUUCUUCAAGACACCGGAUCGAGAGUAGAAGGAGAUCUCACGGGGUGUAGCGCUUAGGAGAUCAGGACUACGGCAUCCCACCGCAUUACUCGAGGCGUUCUGGGGUUUGGCAUAAAGGGGUACUCAGGUGCACUCUUAUCAUGGGGAAAAGAGGAGGGUCAUCGAUACUGUCUAUACGGACUAGGCCUAUGUAUGUAUACCUAGGAAGA